AUGUAUCAUCUGGAUGGAAAUCCGUCGUCGUCGGACCAUACCCUCUUCAAGGACCUGCUCAAGAUGACCACAUCCAAGUGGCAGUCGAUGGUGAAGAAGGACCCAGCCCCAGUCCAGGUCCAGGUCGAAGCCAACACAAGACCAUGCGUGUCAAGAAGCUCCACCCAGCUCUCCCUGCCAAAACCAACUGAGUAG